CUAGCUGAGAGGCCCCAUCUCCUUCUGACUAGAGCCUCCAACACAGCAUGGCUGUCCUGGUGCUGCUCCUCUGCAUGGUGACAUUUCCAAGCUGUGCCCUGUCCCAGAUACAGCUGAAGGAGUCAGGACCUGGCCUAGUACAGCCAUUACAAACCCUGUCACUCACAUGCACUGUCUCUGGAUUCUCAUUAACGAGCAAUGUUGUACACUGGAUCCGCCAACCUCCAGGAAAGAGUAUGCAGUGGAUGGGUCGUAUAUGGAGUGAUGGAAGCACACAUUAUAAUUCAGCUCUCCAGUCCCGAAUCAGCAUCAACAGGGACACCACCAAGAGCCAAGUUUUCUUAAAACUGAACAGUCUGCAAACUGAGGACACAGCCAUGUAUUACUGUGCGAGAUACACAGUGAGAGAACUCCAGUGUGAGCCUGCACAAAAUCCUCCAUAUGGAGACAUUCUUGACCAGCAGGGGGCGAUGGGAAAGCAGGAUUUCUCAAAACCAUUCCCAGACUCGCCCCUGAACACGAGAGUUCUCUGGUUUCUGCCUACACCCAUGGAGGUCCCAAUUUCGUGUCUGGACCCACAGAGGUCCUGGCUCAGGCUUAAACCCUCCGAUGUCCCAGUCUUGCACCCAGAUCCACAGACAUCUCUACUUCUGGCCUACUUCCUCAGUGGUUGCUCCCUCGUACCUGCUCCUGUGGACUUCGCUGUCUCAGUCCUGCUCCGACGAAUGUCGCUGGCUCAGGCUUGUUUCCAUAAAUGUUCCUGGUUUGAGCCUGAUCCCAUGGAGGUCCCUGGCUUCGGCACAGUCCCAUAA